ACUGGUUGCACGAAGGUGUCGCGAUUACGACCUCAUGGGUGCAGCAGGUUGGCACACAAGAUGUUGUUGAAGAUAGGUUACAAGCAAACAGUUUCGAUGGGUCAGAAGGCCAUGCAAACCGUAGUGAGGCAUAGAAGCGAGUUGAGACUGGAGGCGAUGGUAGGAAAAGUGACGACGCGAGGCUGGGCUUGGCGCCCACUGUUGCUAUAACAGUGUAUUGCGCUGCGAGACACCGACCUAUAGUCGGGGGAAGCAGCAGUCAACCUUGCUCCCAAGAGACUGCAAAGACAGCUCAGACCUCCACAAGAUGUCUGCAGCAGAUCGUUAUCCUUUCGCAUUUCAGAGGAUAUAAAGACGCACCCCGCCUUUGUCCUAGGAUAUCCUGACUGACCCUUCGGCCGCUUGCAAACUCCACUAAUUGCCACUAUGAUGAGUUGGUAUGAAAGGUCCUGUGCUAUGCUCCUGACACUGCUCAGCACUCUGAAUUUGACGAAUUGUACCUGGUCAAGACAUGACUCAGGCUCUCUCGUUGAUGUGCGACAAUAUGUGCAGAAUGCGUCCUUUGGAUUCUCUUCCCGCUGGGAAAUAUUGGGUCCAUUCCAGAUUGGCACAAGAGAGGCAGCAUGGGGAGCUGAUCCCCUUGAGUUGUACGGCGGCUUCCGGAAUAUCUCCUUUAAUCCAGAGUCGACUUUUUUGAGCUCGCUUCCCCUCGAUGGUGUUGCAAGAUGGUCCACUCUGGAAGCAGAGCAUGUUCAAAGCAACGCGCAAAGCUCACGUGUGGAUUUGGUCGUUUCGUUCCCCGGUGUUCAGUGGGAUUUCCUCAGAACAGUAUAUGGGUGGGCAGCAGUGCAGUUCCAAGGAUGGGCACGCGGCCACAUCACUGUCACAGGAGUCGCCGCUCAAUCUUUCGUGCUAUAUACCGAUAGCGUUCUCGAAUUCUGGGUUGACAAUGAGCAUUUCUUCGGUGGCGAUUUCUAUGGUUUUCGCAAGGCCCCUCCGGUUCUUUGGCUUGAGCCCGGCAGGCACCGCCUCGAUGUCCGCCUUGUCAGAGAUGUACGCGCUUUCGGAGGCAUCGGUGAGCCGAUCAUGGCCAUUACGCUGCAGAUUGACAAAGCAUCUGGGUACCUUGAGCUAGGAUCGAAUGGUAUACAAAUAUCAGAUCUGGUCGGCAAUACACUUGCAGCGUCUAUUGCCUCUAUCACGGUUCGUAAUAGUGGCAAAGAAGCAUUUGCCCUUCGCGGAAUAAGGACGCCAAAUAAUUCCUUUAACGUCCUGCUAUUGGAGAAGGACGCCGUAGUCCUACCGGGUCAAACUCGUCCUGUGGCAUUCAAGGUCACAGGAACAGGUUCCAAUGCCACUGAAAUCACAGUUUUGCUAGACUACGCCCUGGUCGAAACCAAUGCUUCACUUGAUUCAUUGAUGGCUAAUCAGAACUUGAGGAGGAAGAACCUGUAUGAGCCUCACAAAGUUACGUACCUUCAUCCGGGUGGUAUUGUCUCGUAUGUGAUGCUCAGGCCUCCACAGCAGAAUGUUUCUUGUAACACACAGAAGGACUUGCCCGUCCUCUUCUUCAUGCAUGGCGCAGGGAACGAAGCGGAAAGCGAACUAGUGUCUCGAUCGUUCGAUCCAGUGACAGAUAUAUGUGCCUGGGUAUUGUUUCCUACAGGUGUGACUCCUUGGAGUGCCGAUGAUUGGCACAAUUGGGGCUUUGCAGAUGUAGAGGCUGCAAUCAACACCAUAGAGACAUGGAAGUCAGCCGUAAGCUGGCAGGGUCCAGGUGUUGAUCUCGAGAAAUGGUUCGCAUGCGGACAUUCGAAUGGGGGUCAAGGGACUUGGUAUGCCCUUACGCAUCGCCCUGACAAUGUCAUUGCAGCUGCACCAGUAUCAGGGUAUUUAUCUAUUCAAACUUAUGUCCCGUACAAUCAAUGGCGACUUACCGAUCCCCGUCUUGUGUCGAUCAUCCAAGCGUCUACCAAUAGCUAUAGGCACGAGCUUCUCAUCUCCAAUGCCAAUGGUAUCAAUAUACAUCAGCAACAUGGUAGCGUUGACGAUAACGUACCUUCGUAUAAUUCCCGUUCGAUGCAUUAUUUGCUCCAAGAGGUCGGUGGGAGAUCGGAUUACACUGAACUCCCGGGCGUCAAUCAUUACUUUGACGGAAUCAUGACCACUCCUAACCUACAGGUAUUUUACAAGCAACAGCUGGGGGUAAUCGCUCCGAAAACUGAACACCUUGAUAAGUUCACACUCACAGUUGCAAAUCCUGGUGAUACCGGAAGCAAGCAAGGCUUCCAAAUACUUCUAUUGCGAGAUCCUGGCCAGUUAGGCAGAUUAGAUAUUGAGCUUAGUGGCAAGGAUAGCAGUACCAGUAUAUUCUCUCAUAAUGUUUUACGCUUCAGUGUUACGAACAGGGUGACUUCACGAACUAUGAAGAUAGACGGGCAGUCUGUCAGGUCAGGUAGAGAUUUCGGUCAGAAAUUGUAUUAUAUCCUAGGAUCGGAUGGCGCAUGGAAAACGUCUAUCGAUGCACCAGAUAACCUAAGCGAAAGGUCCAUCCGCCAAAUGGGACCUCUAGAUGCCAUCAUGCGCACUUCGGAUAAAUUUGUCGUUCGGUACGAGGAUACAAGCCUAGGAGCCAUCGCUCUUCAGAUAUCACGAAAUCUACAACAGUAUUAUUAUGCGGAUACCAUCAUCCUACGAUCGUUUUCGGAGCCAAAUACGAUAAAGAGGAAUUCUGGUAACAUGUUCACAGUCUCGAUUGGAUCAAACCUACCUCCAUCGUCUCAUGUUCGCUUCCCUAUCAUGGUAGACAGUAGUGGGAGACUUUCUAUCCUCGAUUCUAGUGGUUCUGAGAGAACGUUCAAUUCGGAGAAAGAUUUGGCAGCGAUCUUUCUCAGGCCACGAGGCCACGACGCUUUGGAACUCGUCGUCUGGGGCUCUGACAUUCAUUAUGCAGGCUUGGCUGCAAGGCUCGUGCCGCUGCAAACGGGUGCCGGACAGCCAGACUUCUUAAUUCUGAGUCGGGCUGCCAUGUGGAAGGGCGUAGGUGGCGUUGUUGCAGCAGGAUUCUUUGACCAUCAUUGGCAGGUAACUCAGACGGCAUAUUUCGCGUAA